CUGGGCGAUGUGGGGCGCGCCGGUGCGGCCGCUCUCCGGCCCCGCUGCACGCCGGCCCUCCGCCCGCCCGGAGCAGCCGGGGACAGAGGCCGAGGCGGGUUGUGUCGGGGGCAGGCUGCGUUCUCGGGGAAGGCGGAGGAGGAAAUCGGUCACCGAGCACUGAAAGCUCCCGCCUGGGCAGCAGCGGGAGGGGAGUGCGGUGCCUGCUCCUGCCGUGCAGACCAAUGUCUAAGUGAUGCCGGUGUUCCAGUGUCGCAGCCUCGCUGCUGAGUGUGACCCUGUUAAAUGAGGAAUCAGCUGGAGACCUUUAAGAUGGUGGUUAGAUCUUAGAAAAACAGACUGAUGGCUUCUGCCCCUGUUCCACAGCCUCCUCCUAAAAAAACGGUGGCCUCUCACGUGCCUUUUGCAGAUCUCUGUUCUACUCUGGAGCGAAUACAGAAGUCCAAAUCCCGUCCAGAGAAAACCAAGUAUUUCAAGGAUUUUCUGGAUUCCUGGAGGAAAUUCCAUGAUGCACUUCAUCAGAAAGAGAAAGAUGUCACAGAUUCCUUUUACCCAGCAAUGCGGCUUAUUCUCCCACAGCUGGAAAGAGAAAGGAUGGCAUAUGGAAUUAAAGAAACUAUGCUUGCAAAGCUCUAUAUUGAACUGCUUAGUUUACCAAAAGAUGGAAAAGAUGCUGCAAAGCUUUUAAAUUACAGAACGCCUACGGGCUCACGUGGAGAUGCUGGAGAUUUUGCAAUGAUCGCAUACUUUGUGCUAAAACCUAGGAGCCCAAAACAAGGCAGACUGACAAUAGAACAAGUCAAUGAACAUUUAGAUGCAAUUGCUAAUAAUAAUGCUGCUAAAAACAAGGGUCAGUUAAAGAAAAGUCUUCUUCAGUUAAUUACCCAGAGCACAGCACUGGAACAAAAAUGGCUUAUCCGAAUGAUUAUAAAGGAUCUAAAGCUUGGUGUUAGUCAACAAACUAUAUUUUCAAUUUUUCAUCCUGAUGCUGCUGAAUUGCACAAUGUUACUACUGAUUUGGAAAAAGUUUGCAGACAACUGCAUGAUCCCUCUGUCUCACUUAGUGAUGUUUCUAUCAUGUUGUUUUCUGCCUUUAAACCAAUGCUUGCUGCUAUUGCAGAUGUCCAGCAAAUUGAGAAACAAAUGAGUAACCAGACAUUUUACAUAGAAACCAAGCUGGAUGGUGAACGUAUGCAGAUGCACAAAGAUGGGGAUGUGUACAAGUAUUUUUCCCGAAAUGGGUUUGACUAUACUCAGCAGUUUGGUGCUUCACCCCUUGAAGGUUCAUUAACGCCAUUUAUCCAUAAUGUAUUUAAGAGCAAUAUACAAAAUUGCAUUCUUGAUGGUGAAAUGAUGGCUUACAAUCCUAAGGCACAAACCUUUAUGCAAAAAGGAAACAAAUUUGACAUAAAAAGAAUGGUGGAGGACUCUGAUCUGCAGACCUGCUUCUGUGUAUUUGAUGUAUUGAUGGUUAAUGAUCAGAAGUUGGGGCAUGAAGUACUAAGCAAAAGAUAUGAAAUCUUAAGUAGUGUAUUUACCCCGGUAAAGGGCAGGAUACAUGUUGUCCAUAAGAGAAGUGCCAGAACAAGAAAAGAAGUAAUUGAUGCUUUAAAUGAAGCAAUAGAUAACAGAGAGGAAGGAAUUAUGGUGAAAGAUCCCAUGUCCACCUACAAGCCUGACAAACGUGGGGAAGGCUGGUUAAAAAUCAAGCCAGAAUAUGUCAGUGGACUGAUGGAUGAGCUGGACCUUUUAAUUGUUGGUGGUUACUGGGGGAAGGGGUCUCGUGGUGGAAUGAUGUCUCAUUUUCUAUGUGCUGUUGCAGAGACACCCCCUCCGAAUGAAAAACCGACCAUUUUCCACUCCAUUUGUCGUGUUGGCUCUGGCUAUACUAUGAAAGAGCUGUAUGACCUAGGCUUGAAACUGGCUAAACACUGGAAGCCCUACCAUAGGAAGGACCCCCCUGGUAACAUUUUGUGUGGAGCUGAAAAACCUGAAAUGUACAUUGAACCUUGCAACUCUGUCAUAGUUCAGAUCAAGGCAGCUGAGAUUGUUGACAGUGAUAUGUAUAAAACUGACUGUACUUUGAGAUUCCCCCGAAUUGAGAAGAUAAGGGAAGACAAAGAAUGGUAUGAGUGCAUGACUUCAGACAUGCUAGAAGACCUCAGAAGCAAAGCACAAGGGAAGCUGGCAUCUAAGCACCUUCAUAUAGAUGAGUAUGAUGAGCCACAUGAGAAAAAAAGGAAAACUGUUUCAAAGGUGAGGAAGGUAAUUGGAAUAGCGGAGCAAUUUAAAGCUCCUGAUCUUUCUAGUGUGAGCAAGGUUUCAAAUGUAUUUGAGGAUGUUGAGUUUUGUGUUAUGACGGGAAUGGGAAAAUACUCAAAGUCUGAGCUGGAAAGCAGAAUAGCCCAAUGUGGUGGCAGUGUGGUACAGAACCCGGGGCCAGAGACUUACUGUGUCAUUGUGGGAGCUGAGAAUGUCAGAGUGAAAAACAUCAUUGCUUCCAACAAAUAUGAUGUGGUGAGGGCAGAGUGGCUCCUUCAGUGUUUUCAAACCAAAAUGCUGGUGCCUUGGCAACCAGCCUUUAUGAUUCACAUGUCUCCUGACACAAAAGAACAUUUUGCUCGUGAGUAUGAUUGUUAUGGAGACAGUUACACAGCAAACACAGAUGUUGUGCAGCUCAAGGAAGUGUUCUCAAGAAUGAAAGACAAUAAGGCAAUGCCUCUGGACUUGAUUGCAGAGCUAGAAGAACGUUAUUGGUGUAGCAGUUGUCAGCUUGGUAUAUUCAGAGGAAGCACUAUUUAUGUGGACUGUUAUGCUGUUGUUAGUGAGCCCCAAAGCAAAAUCCCUGGAACUACACUUUCAAUUAGAGCUUUGGAGCUCCGUUUUUAUGGUGCAAAAGUAGUUUCUCACCUUGAAGAGGGUGUCUCCCAUGUUGUUGUAGGAGAAGAUUGUUCACGGGUAGAAGAGAUGAAAGCACUCAGGAGAACAUUUGGGAAAAAAUUUAAAAUUGUAUCUGAGCUGUGGGUAACACACUCAGUGGAGGAAGGAGUCGCAAAGAAUGAAAAUCAGUACUUAGUUUAAAGCAGUUUUUAAGAUUGGAGCAAAGGCAUGAUUGGACUCAGAUUUUGUGAGGUAGUCCUAAAUUUUUUGUGUGUUUUUAUGCCUGUUUAAAGCUGGCUCUGGCUAAAGAAUAACACUGAAUUGGUGAAAUCAGAGGAAGACUUUUAAUUUUACUGUUGUGGAAGCAGGAGAAUGAUAAGCUAUGUUGGAGGGAAAAAAAACACCACAAGAUAAAAUAAUUUAAGCUUUUUAAUCCACAAACAGGUCUCAGGAGAGAUCUAAAAUUUUACAUAAAUAAAAUAUGUUUGAAACUGGCUAGUUUGUUCUAGCUUUAAUAAUGCUUUCCUCCAUUGUUCAAAGUGGAGACAAUAAUUUAUAAUAAAUUACAAUUAUUAUUUUAUGGAGAUUCUGCUGUUUAUUAUUUAGCUAUCGAUUUGCAGUCACAUUCAUGUUUUUCUGAACUUGUUUUGUAUGUAUUGCCUAUGCUAGAGAAUUCAGUAAUUUGUAAACUUCAUCUGGACUGUUUUAAUUUGCUUACAUUGGUUUUAGAAUUAAGCACCACACAGCCUCAGAAGCACUUUGAUUUUAGGAUUUUGUGUAGAUUCCAUUUUCUUUGUGCAAAUAGCCUUUGUGCAAAAGAACCAAAACUUUUAAUUGAGUUGAUAAUGAAUUAAUAAUGACCUAUAUAUGUAUGAAAUGCAAAUCAAUGACUUAAGACUUGUAAUAACCUCCUGUGCUUGUUACAGUUUAACUGUGAAUUGUGACAGGACUAGGCUUUUACAAUUAAUCAUCAGUUCAUCUUUUAAAAAUGCUUCUUAAGUUAUUGUAGGAUUAAUUUCCAAAUAUCCAGUUCAAUGUGUAUUUUUCCAAUUACUAAAUAAAAUCUAUUUUUAAA